CUAGAUAUGAAUUGGGUUGUAAAUAAUUUCACAUAAAGUGACUAAUUUUCAUCUGCUUCAUUAUUUCUCAACUUUUUUUUAUGAGUAUUUUAAUUUGUUACCAAUACAUUUAUGUAAAGUAAGACUCAUCAUGUUAUAUAUGAUAAGACCACAUAAACACACUACCGAAAAGCACCAAAAAAGCUUCUCUUGCCAUCUUCACAUAUUCCCAACCGAUUAUCAAAUUAAAUAAACGCACACUUAUCACAUGAAUGCCAUAAAUAUGUUAUCAUAUGGCAAUGCAACUAUAUAAGAAUGCAUAGUCCAUUUGUGUCAGAAUAGUUUGAGUUCACUAAGAUGAAGAAUUUUAUCUGCACAUUCAUGUGUAUCUGUCUGAGCCUAAUUGCUACAAAAUGUUUGUCUCAGUUUCAGCCACGGCCACCAGAGGGACAACAAGUUCCAUGUUUCUUCAUAUUUGGUGACUCACUGGUUGAUAAUGGAAACAACAAUGGAAUCAUAACACUUGCUAGAGCCAACUAUAGGCCUUACGGCAUCGACUUCCCACAAGGCCCCACCGGUCGCUUCACCAACGGUCGAACCUAUGUCGAUGCAUUAGCUCAACUUCUCGGUUUUCGAACAUAUAUUCCUCCAUAUUCAAGAGCAAGAGGUUUGGAUCUUCUGAGAGGAGCCAAUUUCGCAUCAGGAGCAGCAGGCAUCCGAGAAGAAACAGGCAGUAACCUGGGUGCUCAUACAUCAAUGGACGCGCAAGUGACUAACUUCGGAAACGCAGUGCAGCAGAUGCGGAGAUUCUUCAGAGGAGACAAUGAUUCGAUGAAUAGUUACCUGAACAAAUGUAUAUACUAUUCAGGAAUGGCUAGCAAUGAUUACCUUAAUAACUAUUUCAUGACUGAUUUUUAUUCAACUAACACUCAGUACACUCCUAAAGCUUUUGCUUCUGCACUUCUUCAAGCUUACGCUCGUCAGUUAACCCAAUUACAUUCACUAGGGGCAAGAAAAGUGAUUGUUGCAGCCGUUGGACAAAUCGGGUGCAUACCGUAUGAAUUAGCGCGUUUUAACGGAAACAACAGCAGAUGCAACGACAAGAUCAACGACGCCAUCAUGUAUUUCAACUCGGGUCUUAAACAGUUGGUUCAGAAUUUCAAUGGAGGACAGCUUCCAGGAUCAAAGUUUGUGUACUUGGAUUUUUAUCAAAGCAGUGAAGAUCUAGCAACAAAUGGAAAAUCAUUUGGAUUUGAUGUUGUUGACAAAGGAUGUUGUGGUGUUGGAAGAAACAAUGGACAAAUCACAUGUCUUCCAUUGCAAGAACCAUGUGAAGAACGUGGCAAGUAUUUGUUUUGGGAUGCUUUUCACCCUACUGAGUUGGCAAAUAUUUUGCUAGCAAAAGUAUCAUACAAUUCACAAUCUUAUACUUCUCCUAUUAAUAUUCAACAAUUGGCUAUGCUUUGAAAGUUGAUUAUAUGUUUUUCAUUUUGUGUGUUGGUGUUUAUGUAGUACAAAAGUUGAUGUUGUCUAGUAUAAGAAUGUUUUCAUGUUUCUUAAAGUUACUUUGUUUAAGUAUGAAUUGAUGUCAUUGUGUUGUAAUAGUGAUAAUUCAAUAAA